UAAUUUUGAUCUUACGAGAGACAGAGGUUUGACAACUGCUUCGACGUUGAAAUCGCCUACCAAAUGCAUCCAGGUGCAGGACCUUACGAUGGACGCAGGGCGCGAAGAAAGAGGUGCAAAGCAUGUUCCAAGCGCAAAAUCAAAUGCCAAGGGGGUGUGCCAUGCGAGCACUGUAGAAAAACUAGCCAGCCUUGCCAAAGUCAUCUCCCUGAAUCGAAACCGGCUUUGGUAUUUGUAAGUCAGAAAGCCCAGGCUACGACUCUCGGAGACAUCCAGAAAGUACUUGUUCGCUCAAGCGAGUUCGAAAGUGACUUGAGCUAUUUCACUACAUGCUUCCUGCCGAUGAACCUAUUCUCGGGACAUGUAUUGUUCCAAAAGAGUGAUCUACGGGCCAUUCUACGCGCCUCGCCAGCUUCGGAGCAUGCAAUAUCUGCCAUCUCUUCUUUGCAUAGUGUCCUAGCGGCACAAGAUAAGCAUGCUCAGAUUCAAACCCGCGGAAAAUUUACCAAGGCCAUGGAAUCUUAUGGCCAGUCCGUUACCUCUGUUCAGUGCUUGAUAUCCAACCAAAAGUUUCAAAGUGAGUCGUAUACGCUGUGGUCGACAUUUCUAUUGGGACUCUUCGAAUUGAUGCGUGAUAACACGGGAGAAAAUUGGUUAAUGCAUUUCCUCGGUGGGACGUGUGCAAUGCUUCGCUUGCAGCACCCAUCCGGCCUCACACUUCAGGACGAGCAUAGCAAGCAGAGGCGCAAAUUCUUCUUUGAUACUCGUAUCUUCGAGAUUACGCGGUCUUUAUUGUUCACAGAACCAACGUUUCUGACAGAGCCAGCCUGGACCGAUGCCCUGACAACGCUGUGGGCUGGCGGGGCGCUGUGGCAUCCAAAAGAAGCUUUAUUCGACAUACUUCCCAAGUUCUCGGAUUUGGGUAUCCGAGUACUACGCUUCUGUCACACCAGUGCAGAGCAGAUGUUGCCUAUGCAACAGUUCGACUGCCCUGCAUCAUUGGCGCUUGAAGGGCUAUCACUAAGACAGAGCUUAGAAGAAUGGAGUGAAAUGGCUGCACUCUGGUCAGCUACACCUCACUGCAUUUCUGAUCAUACCGAGACCGUCGAAGUCGAUCUUCUCAUAGGGAAUCUUUACUUCCAUGCGAUUAGCAUCUACUUAUCUGGGAUUUUCGACUAUCAUGCGCCAUGGACCAUGGAAGGCGCACCACCCGCACCCAUAUUGACCCGCAAUGAAGUAGAGCAACACGUUGCGGCAAUAUUUCGUCUGAGUCUUAAGAUGCUAGAUGUAGGCGUUGCGGGAAUCCUUUUGUUCUUUCCUCUAAGAGUGGCAGGUGCCAGGUCAUGGCAGGUCCAUGACCAUGAUAUGAUUUUGUCGCUCUUUCGUCAGAUCCGCGGACGGGGUUAUACCACUGCUGAGACUCUGAUGAUGGAGCUCGGUGGACUAUGGGAAAGUUAUAGGGCAGCAGGCGUGUAG